CAACUACAAGAGAGGUGCAACUGAGUUCAAGUAAAAUAAAUAAGUAAAUACAUUAAAAAAAAAACAGAAUUGGAAAAGUUUUUGAAGUGCACAUAACGGAGAAUACGGAAAUUUCGUGUGAUGGAUUAUCGUUUACUGCUGAAAAUUUUCUGCAUCUCGCUAAUCGCCGUUGACACUUCAGCGCAAACACCAAACGACUAUGGCGAGGAACCGCCCGAGGGAUACUAUGCCUUUGUUGAAUCGCCGAAUUCUGUACCGCCAAAAGUGCGUCCACCGCCCUACACGCACGUCAGUGUGGACUGCAAGAAUGUAGGUGGCAAUAAAAAGGCAGCUGUUUCGGUUAACAACAUUUGCGGUGAUCUCAACAAAGGACAAAUUCCACAAAAUCCAAUGAGACAGAAUGUACUCGGCGAACCGUAUCCAUUUGAAUUGAUACGUAAUCAGACGCUGAAGUUUUUAUCAAAAACGCUGCCGGUGCUUAAGGCCGACGACACUUUGCCCAAGGUGACGCAAAUUAUACGCGACGAACCAGUCGAUCCGGUGGAGAACAACAAUAUCGAUCGUCAUUAUAAUGCCCGUGCGAAACGCGCCACGCCCCCGCAGCCACAAAGCCAACCACGAAAUGAGGGUCACGAAUUCAGUUAUUUCGAUCCAGCUUUGGACGAAGAACAGCGUGCAAACAGUCGUGCAGCCGAGGAACGAAAACCACGCAAGUUUUGCGAUGGCGGUGGAGUAUUUUGUACUUUAUACCGCGCCAUCCAAGGCGAUACCUCGGCCGCACCACAAGCAACAGCAGAACGUCGUGAAGAAAUUGGUCCCAUACGUUAUGAGGGUCCACCCACACCCUGUCCGGCCAAGGUUGAGUACGCUACACCGGUGUUUGCGAAAAACUAUCAGGGCUUCUGGCGUUACGUGGUGCAAAUACCGUACGAGGGCUAUUUCACGCAAACCGUCGAAGUAACACGCUGCAUACAAGCACGCUGCCAUUACUUGGACGGCGGUUGUCUGUCCUCACCGCGUUGGGUGAGCCUACUGGUCGCUGAAAUUUUCUACCCGAAUGCAGAGGAGGCUGUGCCGACGACUUCAACGACCACGCAAGCACCAUCCGUACAAGACUUCCAGGCUUACCAGCAAUAUCUGCAGAAACGAGCUGGUGUAGCCACCGCCUCCGAUGGCACCAGUCCUAGCAGCGCCAAUGUGCCCGAAUACAAUCAACAUUGUGACGGUCACGAUGAAAUCGGUUGCUUCCAAGUGCGUCUGUACUACGAUUGGUUCCUGAUUCCCGGUUCCUGUAAGUGCUGGCGUCCCGACUACUUUGCCAAGUAUGUGCGCAGAAAGUCUGUAGCAGAUUUGUAAAUCUCUCAGCAGAGACGCUAUACUUAUAGUGGCAAAAUACUUACACGUAUACGUUAUCUGUUUGGAAAAAAGAAAUUCUCAAAAUAUCUCCAAUUAGACUUACUUGUGCUUCCUGCCUUCUAAUUUAAUUUGUAAGCAAAAAUGCGGACCGUUGCAUUUAACACUUAGUUUAAUAUUUAAAGCGAUUGGUGAAGCUUUCAUUCUAAAAUUCCUUUCCAUAACUAUCUAGUUUACAAACUACAAAGUUUAUAUUUUCCAGAUACUAGGAAUUUUCAGAAUUUUAUCUUCGCAG